AUGUGCUUCAAAGCCUGUAACAAUAUUUUAAAAGUGUCUUUUGUUUUCUUUCUUUUGGCUUCCUGUGUGCUUAAGCCUGUAACAAUUUUAAAGUGUCUUUUGUUUUCUUUCUGCUUCUUCAAAGCCUCGACCAAGUGCUUUUCAAUAUUUCUGUUUGGUUUCUUUCUGUUUGGCACCAUGUGCUUCAAAGCCUGUAACAAUAUUUUAAGUGUCUUUGGUUUUUUCUUUCUUUUUGUGCUUUGGCUUCCUGUAAUGUUUUAUGUGUCUUUUGGUUUCUUUCUGUUUGGCUACCAUGUGCUUCAAAGCCUUGUAACAAUAUUUUGGUCUUUUUUUUCUUUCUGUUUGGCUACCAUGUGCUUCAAAGCCUGUAACAAUAUGUGCUUCAAAGCCUGUAACAAUAUUUUAGUGUUUUGGUUUUCUUUCUGUUUGGCUACCAUGUGCUUCAAAGCCUGUAACAAUAAUAUGUCUUUUGGUUUCUUUCUGUUUGUCUUUUGGUUUUCUUUCUGUUUGGCUACCAUGUGCUUCAAAGCCUUGUCUUUUGGUUUUUCUUUCUGUUUGGCUACUAUGUGCUUCAAAAAGCCUGUAACAAACCAUUUUCAAGUGUCUUUUGUUUUCUUUCUUGUUUUGGCUACCAUGUGCUUCAAAGCCUGUAACAAUAUUUUGAAGUGUCUUUGGUUUUCUUUCUGUUUGGCUACCAUGUGCUUCAAAGCCUGUAACAAUAUUUUAUCUUUUUUUUCUUUUCUGUUUGGCUACCAUGCUUCAAAGCCUGUAACAAUAUUUUUGGUGUCUUUUUUUUUUCUUUUGUUUAUUACCAUGUGCUUCAAAGCCUGUAACAAUAUUUUGAAGUAUCUUUUUGUUUUCUUUCUGUUUCUGUUUGCUUCAUGUAACAAUACCAUGUCUUUUUCUUUCUGUUUUGCUACCAUUUGCUUCAAAGCCUGUAAAUAA